CAUCCUUAGAUGGGUAGAGACUGACGUUUUAUUUUAUCUUCAGCGUAAAGAAUCCUUUAGAGAACUUGUCAACACUGUUUUUAAUACGUGUGGUCAAGGCAAUUAGCAUGAGACCAGUGUCCAUAUAUAGCAAUCCAAGUUGAAGCUUUUCAAACGCCACAGGAAGCAUGCCAACAGAGAACAUGAUGCAGCAACAGCUGGAGAAUGAAUCCAGCGUCUCAGUAUUUAAACUCUCCGGUCUGAAUGAAACCAUGGAGAACAGAAUUGUGUUUUUUUCUUUCACCGCACUCUUUUAUCCUCUGAUGGUGUUUUGUAACGUCACUGUAAUGUUCACUAUAAUGUCAAAUAAGAAGCUCCAUGAGCCAAUGUACAUGUUUAUAUGUAAUCUUUGUGUAAAUGGGCUUUUUGGUACUUCUGGCUUCUAUCCUAAAUUCUUGUAUGAUUUAUUAGCCCAUGAUCACGUGAUUUCUUAUGUUGGGUGUCUGAUUCAGAUAUUUGUCAUUUAUUCGUCUGCUUUGUGUGACUUUUCAACACUAACGGUGAUGGCGUAUGACAGGUAUGUGGCAAUAUGUAGACCGCUGGAGUAUCAUUCAAUAAUGACAAGCCGUAUGAUUCUUAAGUGCAUCCUUUUCUGUUGGCUGGCUCCAUUUGUUUGCAUGUCUGUUCUCAUCGUGUUAAUAGCUAGGCUCACUUUAUGUGCCUCCACUAUUGAAAAGUUAUACUGUGAGAUUUGGGCAGUGGCAAAACUUUCAUGUUUUUCUACAACUAUUAAUAACGUGUUUGGGUACAUUGUUAUUCUUACAUAUUUUGGACAUGCAGUAUUGAUAUUUUGCUCAUACAUUCACCUGAUUAAAAAGUGUAUGAAGUCAAUAGAAGUCAGACACAAAUUUAUACAAACGUGUGUGCCGCAUCUGCUUUCACUGAUUAAUGUUACUGCUGCGUUGUUGUUUGAUGUGUUGUACAGUCGUUAUGGUUCAAGGAAUCUGCCACAAAGUGUGCGCAAUUUCAUGGCUCUUGAAUUUCUUCUUGUACCACCUAUUUUAAACCCCCUGAUUUAUGGAUUGAAUCUGACAGCUGUGCGCCAACAAGUUAUAAGACUCUUUUACAAAAAACAAGUGGUAAUAUCUGACUGAAUAUUUUUAUCAUCUACAAGCUAUGCUUUUUUUGAACUUUUAAAAGUUGUACACACACACACAAAAUACAUCAUUUGAAGAAUGUUGGAAACCUGUAACCAUUGACCAGCAUAGUGUUUGUUUUGCCUUCUAUGGAUGUCUAUGGUUACAGGAUUCCAGCAUUCUAAAAAAUAUCUUUUCAACAGGACAAAAAAAAAACUGUUUUAGAACAUUUUAAGAGUUUGUAAAUGAUGGCAAUUUUUAUUUUUUGGCUGUCUAAACUCGGUCCUGUAGGGUCGGUGUCCUUGGGUGCGUUUCCGAAAACCAUCGUUAGCAAGGUCGCAAGUU